AAACAACUAACACUCUUUAUUGCCUGCACAAGAAGACACUGUAAAGCUCUCUCCCCAAUCUCUGUUAUUUCAACCCUCACAUCACCAUUUCCAUAACCAUCUACAUCUUUCCUCUUCAUCUUCUUGGCUCUCUUUUUAAAUCAUUGUUCAAAAAAGAUUUCCUCUUUCUUGCCUGAAAAUGGCAGAAAACCCAGUAAAAGGGGUGUUUUUGAUUCUAAUAAGCUAUUUGUUUUUGAAUUUAGCCCUCUCUGCAGAUACCCAAAUUGCAAAAAAGACUUACAUUGUCCAAAUGGACAAGUCAGCAAUGCCAAACUCAUUUACCAAUCACCUAGAUUGGUACUCAUCCAAAGUAAAAUCAGUACUGCUAGAACCUGAAAAUGAAGGUGAUGAAGAUAGAAUAAUCUACAAUUACCAGACUGCUUUUCAUGGAGUUGCUGUUCAGUUGAGCCAAGAAGAAGCUGAGAGACUAGAGGAAGAAGAUGGUGUAGUGGCUAUAUUCCCAGAGACAAAGUACCAGCUACACACUACAAGGAGUCCCAUCUUCCUUGGUCUGGAAUCAGGAUAUAGUACUAAUAAUAACGUCUGGGGUCAAAAAAUCUUAGGCCAUGAUGUUAUAGUGGGAGUACUAGACACUGGGAUUUGGCCAGAGAGUGAGAGCUUCAACGACAUGGGCAUGACACCGGUGCCUUCUCGUUGGAAAGGUAAAUGUGAGACAGGCAGAGGGUUCGAGGAACGUCAUUGCAAUAAGAAGAUUGUCGGUGCAAGAGUGUUUUACCAGGGAUAUGAAGCUGCUACUGGGAAAAUCAAUGGGCAAACUGAGUUCAAAUCAGCUAGAGAUCAAGAUGGGCAUGGAACUCAUACUGCAGCCACAGUUGCUGGCUCUCCUGUACGUGGUGCAAACCUUCAAAAUUAUGCUAAUGGGACAGCCAGUGGAAUGUCACCAGGUGCUAGAAUUGCUGCUUACAAAGUGUGCUGGACUGGUGGGUGUUUCAGCUCAGAUAUUCUGUCUGCGGUUGAUAGAGCUGUGGCUGAUGGGGUAAACGUUUUGUCAAUAUCUUUGGGUGGUGGAGUCUCUUCCUAUUACCGUGACAGUUUGUCAAUUGCUGCUUUUGGAGCAAUGGAGAUGGGUGUUUUUGUUUCUUGCUCAGCUGGAAAUGGAGGGCCAGACCCUGUCAGCCUCACAAAUGUGUCACCUUGGAUUACCACAGUUGGUGCUAGCACCAUGGAUAGAGAUUUUCCAGCCAUCGUUAAGUUGGGAAAUGGCAGAAUUAUGAAUGGGGUUUCACUCUAUAAAGAGGAAAGGAUGCUGUUAAAAAAUAGUAAGCAAGAAAAUUACCCAAUAGUGUACAUGGGUAGUAACUCAAGCAGCCCUCAACCCAGCUCUUUGUGUCUAGAGGGAACUUUGGAUAGGCAUAUUGUUGCAGGAAAAAUUGUGAUAUGUGACAGAGGCAUUAGUCCUCGUGUGCAAAAGGGUCAGGUGGUGAAAGAAGCUGGAGGGGUUGGCAUGAUUCUUUCAAACACUGCUAACAAUGGAGAAGAGCUGGUUGCAGAUUGUCACCUUCUUCCUGCAGUUGCAAUAGGAGAAACAGAAGGGAAAGCAAUCAAACGAUAUGUGUCAACGAGUCCAAAUGCCACUGCAAGUUUAGCUUUUCUUGGUACUCGAUUGGGAAUUAGGCCAUCUCCUGUGGUGGCUGCAUUUUCAUCUAGAGGACCCAAUUUUCUUACCCUCGAAAUUCUGAAGCCUGAUUUGGUAGCCCCUGGAGUGAACAUUCUUGCUGCUUGGACUGGAAACUUGGGUCCAUCAAGUUUACCAACAGAUCACCGGAGAGUGAAGUUUAACAUACUGUCUGGAACUUCAAUGUCAUGCCCUCAUGUUAGUGGAAUUGCUGCUUUGCUGAAGGCUAGGCACCCAGAUUGGAGUCCAGCUACAAUAAAGUCUGCUCUGAUGACAACAGCUUAUGUUCAUGAUAAUACACGCAAAUCUCUCAAAGAUGCCUCAACAGAUGCACCUUCAAGCCCUUUUGAUCAUGGAGCUGGACACAUUGACCCAAUAAGGGCUCUUGACCCAGGUUUGGUUUAUGACAUUGAGGCUCAGGAUUACUUUGAGUUCUUAUGCACACAGAAUCUAACUCCAUUGCAGCUUAAAGUUUUUUCCAAGCAUUCAAACAGGUCUUGUAAACACUCUCUUGCCAGUCCUGGGGACUUGAACUACCCAGCUAUCUCAGCUGUGUUCCCAGAGAAAGCAUCCACCGCUGUUUUGACCCUUCACAGAACUGUCACCAAUGUUGGCCCUCCUGUUUCCAAUUACCAUGCCAUGGUUUCACCAUUCAAAGGCGCUUCUGUUCAUGUCGAGCCACAAAGCCUCAACUUCACCAGAAAAUAUCAAAAACUGUCUUACAAGAUUACCUUCACUACAAUAUCUAUGCAACCAGUGCCUGAGUUUGGAGGUUUGGUAUGGAAGGAUGGAGUACACAGGGUUAGGAGCCCCAUUGUUAUCACGUGGCUCCCACCAAUAUGAGAAUUUUGACGUGAAUCUAUGUGAUUCUACGGCAACAAUAAACAUAUGUUUUGUAAUGAGCCAAGGGGCUGUGUCAUUUUUAUUACAAGAAAUGCUUGACUUCCUCUGUUUCUUACAA